AUGGCCGCCGAGAUGCUGGUCCCGCGGGCGCACAUUCAAAACUUCAGCGAGGCGAGCACCGUUGAGCCGCACUGGGGUUAUUCUGUUCGUCUCGUCCCAUGUACCAACGACAAGGGCUCCUGCGAAUAUCUCGACAUCGUCUACCACAGCCAUGACCUGGGAAUGCUAUACACUGGCAUCAUAUGGGCGACUAUUGGCGCCAUACUGCUGAUAUGGGGUGUCGGACGACAUUUCGCGCGAUCGCAGCCGUCCGGCGUCCAACUACCGGCGGUGGUAGGCGAGGGAGUACCGCGAAGACGCAGCGCAUUCGAACGACUACAACGAGCCAUCCCAGCGUACGCACGACGAUACCUCCUUCCCGAUGCUGCGCGACCAAUCUUUGGCCGUGUCACGCGUACCCAGGUCUUGACGCUACUAGUCCUGACCGGCUACCUGACCAUCUUCACCUUCGUUGGCAUUGUCUACAAAAAAUGGGUAACGCCCGUGAAGAAGAUCCCCGGCCUAUAUCAAACGCGCAGCAGUCUCGGACCGUGGUCUGAUCGAAUCGGAGUCCUCGCAUAUGCCCUCACACCCCUCUCCGUCAUGCUCUCGACCCGCGAAUCCAUCCUAUCGCUCGUCACGGGACUGCCAUACCAGAGUUUCAACUUCCUCCAUCGCUGGCUUGGAUACAUCAUCUUUGUUCAAUCAGCUCUCCACACCAUCGGUUGGUGCAUCAUUGAAAUUCGUCUGUAUCAGCCUCAACCCACCGUCGCCAUAGAAUGGAUUGUGCAGACUUAUAUGGUCUGGGGCUUGGUCGCAAUGAUUCUUUUGACCCUCCUCGUCGUACUCUCCACGCCAUGGGGUAUUCGACUGACUGGCUACGAGUUCUUCCGUAAGGCUCACUACGUCCUCGCCAUGGUGUACAUUGGCGCCUGCUGGGGACACUGGGAGAAACUCAAGGUCUUCCUCCUACCAGGCCUCAUCGUUUGGUUCAUUGACCGCGGUAUCCGCUUCGCCAGGACCGCACUGCUACACUACAACUUCCUACCCUCCGGGCACAUGGGUUUUCGGGCAGCCUCUGCAAACAUCUCGCUCUUCAAGGAUGAAGUCAACGGCGAUGUCGUGCGUCUGGAUUACGACCAUCCUCAAGACGCUUGGGCUGUCGGUCAGCACUUCUACUUGACGUUCCCUGACAGCAGCAUCUGGCAGUCUCACCCAUUCACGCCCAUCAGCCGCCCAGUCUUCGGUGCUGACACCCAACGCCACUCGUACAUUUUCCGCGCCAGGAAAGGCGAAACCAGGAAGAUUGCCGACCUUUCCAUGAAGCGCAUCGCGAACAUUGGGAACCACGAAGAGUCGCACGAAGGUCUAAUGGCUGCUGCCCGCCUUUCUGUAGUAAUGACCGGUCCUUAUGGUGAGCGCACCAUGCGUAGCUUAGCAUCCGAUUCAAACGUCAUCUGCAUCGCAGGCGGUACCGGUAUCGCCUACGUCCUACCCGUACUUCUUGAUCUCGCUUCCCAAACACAAACACCCGAUCGCCACAUGUCUCUCGUGUGGGUUGUGCGUCGCCGAAGCGACAUCGACUGGGUUGCACCCGAACUCGCGAUCCUAAAGCGCAAGUGCCGCAACCUUCGCACCGGCAUCCACAUCUACGUUACCCGCGCCGCAGAAGAAGCCGGCAUCCCGCCACCCGCUGUUUCGGAAAAAGUUGGUGCAAGCGACUGCGCAAAGGAGAUUGCUCCUGCUACAUCCAGCGCCGCCUCGUCGUCUCUUGAUGCGUCCUCGGCGUUGUCGGUACAUGGAGUUUCAAAGUCGGAUCUGGGCUUGAAUCAUAUCCAGGCAAGGCCAAACCUCGAUGCUGUUGUGGCGGAUUUCGUCGCUGGUACUGUACGAGGAGGCACGGAUGUUUUUGCCUCGGGGCCUGGUGGCAUGAUUAGCGAUCUGAGGCGGAUAGUAGCGAACACCAACAAGGGUGGCGAGGUGAUGAAGGGAAAUGACAAGUGGGAUGUGCGGUUGACGUGCGACGAUCGCUUGGAGUGGUAGUGUUGUUUUAGUGUUAUUGAUACCCAAUC